AUGAUAAUCUCAUGGUUGGAGAAUGGAAUUAAAGAUUCAUUAAAGAUUCAAAUUAAACGACAAAUGAAGCUGUUAUCUGAAUCAGCUCGAACAACACAAGCAUUUUUAAAAAUUGCAAAAGAUGAACAAGAACUACUAGAAGAAAAUGUUUUAAAACCUGAAACAACAUCUUACAUGCCAUAUUUCGCAAAUGCAGUAUCAACAACAUUAAAACAAAUGAAUGAUACACCUUCAAAUGUAUCGAAGCAUUCAUAUUUUCCACGAACGAUUACAACAUAUGAACCUGAAAGUAUUCACCAACAACAGAAAAACAAGAUUGCAUCAAAACGAUCGCCACCAGCAACUCACUAUUCACCACCACAACAGCGUUCAUUUACUUAUACACCACAAUCGUCAACAUUUCGUCAUAACACACAAAAUAUUUCAUCGAAAAAUGCUGAAUCAAUUAAUCCGUCGACAACUGACAGACGACAACUGAAUUCUUGUUCUAUAUGCAAACGAAACAAUCAUCGCACGAUAGAUUGUUAUUAUAAAAAACCAAACGGAUGUUAUAAAUGUGGACAAUCCGAUCAUUACAUACGUGAUUGUCCGAAGGUUUUCUACUAG